GUGAGCUGAGACUGAGUGUAGCUUACCCCGUCCACCAUUUAAUACAAAAUAUAUCGGGUCAUUGUACUUUUCCAUCCAAUGGAUGCAGCAGUGAUGAACCCCCAGAUAAUGACGGAUGUCAACGGCAACAGCAAUGCCGCGAACGCCGAACUGGAGGUGAAAAAGCUCCAAGAGCUGGUUCGGAAAUUGGAGCGGCAAAAUGAGCAAUUGAGGACGCGGGCGAACGGCUGCACUGGCAUCCCCCACAUUCUACCUCCCUCUCCGGCCUACAUGGCCGGGAGCUACUGCAUACCUAGUCCGUUACCGACGCUACUGUGCCAGUCUUCCUUGGAGUCAUUUUUCCCGUUGGACGAACCGUUCGAAUAUUUACAUUCACAUUAUGUUGAUACUGCUCUCGAGACGGAGGCUGAUUAUAUGGAACUUACGGUUCUGGAUGAGGUGGACAUUCUGGACCUAGAUGCUGUAUUCUCUAAUGAAGACUCUGAAGCUACCUGGCUGUAUGUGUCAGCCAAGGCCCGGCUGUGGGGGGAGAGCCCUGUUACCCCCCUCCAGUGGAGCAGACAGGUCCUGGACAGCCCCAGAACAGAGGUGGAGUCUGCCCGCUCACUGUGCCUCAGGUUGGACCAAGUCCAUAGGUGGCGGCGGGUCUUCUCCAGCCACUCUUCCCCUGCCCUCCCCCUGAGACGUGUAGCUGGAGUGUCCCCCCUCAGUGCCUCGUUCUCCAGGUCCUGCUCCACCCCUCCACCCGCUGACAGACCUGCCUCAUUCUCCUCACCCCUCCAUCCUCUCCUCCACCUGUCCCUGACUCCUGUAGGGAAGGCUGAGAGAAUUCCCACAUUCCUCCCAGCCAAUCACUCAGCUAAUCGCAGCCGCAGCCUCCGGCGGUUCCUCCUCAGCCCCCAGUCUUCCAUGGACAGUGAGCUCAGUGCCUCAGAGCUGGAGGAUGACUCUAUCACGCAGGGAUACAAGCUACAGGACCUUGUUGACGUCCAGGUCAUGGCUCGUCUGCAGGAGGACAGUCUUCGUCAGGACUACGCCACCACCCCCACCUCCAUCAAUCGCCGCAGCGCCAGCUUCUCCUUCCUCUCCCUUCAGCACAGCGGCGAGGCCGACCUGGAGGAGGAAGAGGAUGAGGAAGAGUACGGGCAGCUACCUCCUCCCCAGCCCCGUCUGACCCGUGUGGGACCCACCCUGCAGCGCGGACUCUCCCACUCCCACACCUUUUCCAGCAUACGGGACUGGAGGAGGAGCACAACCAGCCUCUCCAGCCCCUCCACCCCUCAGUACCCCUCUGGAGGAUUCUCCUAUCAGCCCCCACCCCAACCCCAGGCCCUGGCCAGCCCCACACUCAGCACCCACACACCCGAACAACAGGGCUUCAGGCCUGGAUCAGAUAAGCUGCGGAGGAGCAUGCCCAACCUGUUCAGAGCUCCCAGUGUGCCUAGCCCACUGAGCCCAGCCAAUCACAUCGGCUCUCCUUCCACCCUUCGGAACAGUCUGAGCUUCGACUCGUCGAAUGGGCUGGCCAGCAGGCUACAGUCCUCCAUCCCUUCACCCGGUCAGUUGCAGAACAGAGUCCAGAGUGUGGGGAACUUCCAGUCGUUGUCGCGGCAACCCCUCAAAGCCACAGCCUACGUCAGCCCCACUGUGAAAGGGCCAGUUACCAUGCCGACCUCCACCAGUCUGCAGUCCCUGAGCGGCAUCAGUGGGAUCCCCCUCUCCAGUAAACCAGCUGUGGGGGUUGGAGGCACUCCUACACCCCCCCGGAGCAGCCUGCCCCGCCCCGCCUCCUUUAUUGGGACCAGCGCCACCCCUCGAAGCAAGAUCGCCCAACCCACACGCAGUUUAUUGACGCCUCCUAAGAGCUUGUCCAGCCUGAGUGCCCUACGAGACGGGAGCUGGAGAGAUGGCUGCUACUGAGAGAGGGAUGAAUGGAGAGAUAGGAUCCAGAGAAGAAGAGCUGGCAAUGUAGAGAGACCCUGCUGGUUGGGGUCGAUCACUGGUCAACCAAACUAUAGGGAAUAACAACCUUGUGUAGAACGCCCUCAUGAUUGGGUAUGUGAGGUGUCGUCAGCACUCAGUCAAACAUGCAUUCUCCACCUGUCCAAUUUGGUCUGUGCCAAGGGGAAUCGCCCUGUUGAUAUUUUUAUGCACUAACAAGUUUUAACCACGUUAUGGUUACAUUAACAUACUAAAGAAAGAGAUGCUAAUUAAGCCACAUAAUUUGUUUUUUUACUUUGGAACUCUGAUUAAUAAAAGGUGUAUUUUCUCUUAAUGGAGAGCACCAAAUGUGCUGCUAAAAAAAGUCUAAAUCACUCCCUAUUGUCUGGGUGUAUUUGGUCUAAUUUUUACAUGGCAAGGUAUAUUUAAAAUAAAUCUUAUAUUAUUUAUUAUCUUAUGAUUAGUGUAGAGACUAAAGUUAACUUUCAGUGUGCAUUGUUGGGAUGCUGAUCGUAUUGAUGCAAUAUUCUUCAUGAUUUUAAAAAUUUUUAUGUGAAGCAUAUUAACCAAAUUAAAGCUAACGUCUGAAUCUGUUUACAAAAUGUCUCACCAAGACAGGGAAAUGACUUCAAGUUGUGUUUUGGACACUUUUUAAACUAUAAAGAUUCACUGGUAUAUCUAUGAAAUAUUUGUAAUUGUUGCACUGAUUGUACAAGUGUGAAUUGAAAUGUAAUUGUUUUUGUUCAUUUUAUUUGUGAUAUUGCACUUUUAUGGUUAAUUAUAAUUUUGUUGAUGAAGAGCACAGGGUAGAUGUUUUGUCUUUUGGGAUGAAGGAUUACGUUUUAAAGAUCACUUAUGUAGCAUUCUCUGUCUGUUUUAAUAAUUUUUUCAGUAUUUCAAAAAAGCAGGUUAGUCUGGCACAACUCACCAUCUCUUUCUCCAAAACAUUUUUUUUACUGUAUUGAAUGAGUGUAGUUUUAAAAACUAAAAUUAAAGAUUUUCAAA